CUUGGUCAUGCUUCACAAAAAGGUCCGUCCGUAAGGGCAAGGGGCGGCGCAUCGAGGUGAUUUGGGAUCAACGCCCGAUAUAGUGGUGGCAGAUGAUGACCAGCGGCCACGUUUGUUGAACGAGAAGGGCCGUUCGGUAAGAUGCCAAGUUCGGCGAUGCUACCUGACUACCUAUCUUACCUACGAGGCUUCUCCACCACACUACGACGAAAAUGCGGGGAAUGCCUGUCUGCCAUCUUUUGCGCCCUGAAUGGUGGGAACUUCCGAUUGUGGAACAUACCUCCGAAGACUGAAAUUCAAGGUACAGAAUCGCCAGGAAACGAGUGUGGUAGCCUCAAGGUCGUGGUGUAGGCGAUAUGGGAGUGUACCUCGAUCACAUCUGCCAUGUUGUACGGGAGAUGAUCAUGUAUAAGAAGACCAGGAACCCGUCGACUUGUUGUCCCGCUUUUUAGCAGCAGGCAUCCCUCCAUCUACCUACCUUCCCAUCAGUCCCAUCUCUUCAUCAUGCGUUUUCUCACCACCAUUGUCGCAUUCACCGGGUUGGUGACUGCGCUCCCUAGCCGCAUUGAAGAGAUCAGGUCGCUGGACCUCCUCGAGGACCUCUCAAAGAAGCAAACUCUCGAGACCCGGCAGAGCAGUCAGACCAGAAACGAGCUCCAGACCGGUGGGACUUGCCCUCCGAUCAUCUUCAUCUAUGCUCGCGGCUCCACUGAGGGCGGCAACCUUGGCUCGUUGGGACCGUUGAUCGCCGACGUGCUCGAGGCAAACUAUGGCGCCAACAAUGUCUGGAUCCAGGGUGUCGGUGGCAACUACAAGGCCAACUUGCUUGACAACCUGCUUCCGGACGGCACUACAGCAGCGGCCAUCGCAGAGAUGAAGAACCUCUUUACCCUGGCCAGCACCAGAUGCCCAUCGGCAAAGAUUGUGUCUGGUGGCUACAGCCAAGGCGCUGCCCUCACGGCUGCUGCCAUCCGUGACAGCACGGCCGCCAUCCGGGAAAAGAUCAAGGGAGUUGUUCUGUUUGGCUACACCAAGAACCAGCAGAACAAUGGUGGGAUCCCCAACUAUCCUUCCAACCGCCUCACGGUAUUCUGUGAGAGUGGAGACUUGGUGUGCUCAGGGACAUUGAUUGUGACACCUGCGCACGGCGAGUAUCAAGACGAGGCUCGCGAUCAAGCACCCAAGUUCCUUAUUGCUCGCAUCAACGCCAGCUGAAGGGAUUAUGGGAUGGGAGGGAGAUAGGCUCCCGGUCAUGG